AUGCAACCAGCACCAGAACCGACUAGUGGUUUGGGACGAUAUCGUAUUUUGUCACCAACUGCCGCUGUUCGUGUAUCUCCGUUAUGUCUCGGAGCGAUGUCACUUGGCGAAGCUUGGAAAGAGUUCCUGGGUACACAAUCCAGAGAAAAUUCGUUCAAGAUUCUCGAUGCAUAUUUCGAAGCAGGUGGAAAUUUCAUUGAUACGGCGAGUAAUUAUCAAGAUGAACAAAGUGAAAUCAUCAUCGGAGAAUGGAUGGCUAAACGACAAAAUCGAAGUCAGAUGGUGAUUGCAACAAAGUUCUCAUCAGGAUACCGAUCAGAUUGGAAGAAAGAGCCAAUUCAUAUCAAUUUUGCUGGUAAUUCAACAAAAUGUCUACAUGAGAGUGUUACUGCUUCGUUGAAGAAGCUUCAAACUGAUUAUAUCGAUUUGCUCUACAUUCACUGGUGGGAUUAUACAUGUUCGAUUCCUGAACUUAUGCAAUCGCUCGAUCAUUUGGUGAAAGCCGGCAAAGUUUUGUAUCUAGGCGUCAGUGACACACCAGCAUGGGUUGUCACCAAAGCAAACCAAUAUGCUCGAGAUCAUGGACUCCGUCAAUUUUCUGUUUAUCAAGGCUUAUAUAAUGCUGCUAAACGUGAUGUAGAAAGAGAAAUUCUUCCAAUGCUUCGCGAUGAAGGAAUGGCUUUUGCACCGUGGGGAGCAUUGGGUGGUGGUAAAUUCAAAACACAAGAACAAAUCGACACCAUGGAAAAGGCUGGCGACAAAGGAAGAUCAGCUAUUGGUCCACUCAAGGGACCCUCCGAAGAAGAUAAAGCAGUGACUGUUGUAUUAAACAAGAUUGGCAAGAGUAAAAACGUUUCACUCAGUCAAAUUGCGCUUGCUUAUGUCUUGGCUACACAACCGUAUAUCUUUCCUAUCAUCGGUAUUCGAAAAGUGGAACAUUUACAAGACAACAUUGAAGCAUUGAAAGUACGUUUAAGCAAAGAAGAAAUCGAAGAAAUCAACAAAGCGUAUGAUUUCAAACUUGGGUUUCCACAAGAUUUUAUUGGUCUAGAUCCAAAACAAAAUUGGCUUUUGCUAGCAGCUGGUCAUUAUGAUUGGGUAGAAUCAGUGAAAAGCAUCGAUGCUAAUUAA